ACCCGCAAUCAUGUAUCGUGCCUUCCGCCGCAACCCGAGCGCGUUGCGGCGCGGUCUCUUCACACAAGCCUCUCCACAACCGCCCCCCUCGCCACUCGCGCCGCUGAAAACCGCCCUCGUCGGCACCGCCGUUGUGCUCUCCACCGGCCUCCUCGCCGUAUAUUACUUCGAUGCGCGCUCUGCGGUCCACCGAUACGUCCUCACCCCGGCUCUACGGAACCUCUUGGAUGCGGAGACGGGACAUCGGUUGGCCGUGAGCGUGCUCAAGUCGGGACUCGCCCCGCGGGACCCCCUCAGUGAUGAUACGCUGUUGAAAGCCGAGAUGUGGGGUACGGAGGUAUCGAACCCUGUGGGGCUGGCAGCAGGGUUCGACAAGCACGGCGAAGCUAUUGAUGGGUUGUUCAACCUCGGCUUCAGUUGGGUAGAGAUUGGCAGCGUAACGCCAAAGCCUCAGCCUGGAAAUCCACAGCCCCGAGUCUUCCACCUCCCCGAAGAUGAAGGGCUCAUCAACCGCUAUGGGUUCCCGUCCGAUGGCCACGCUUCCGUCAUCUCACGCCUGCGCGCCAGAAUACCGCGCUUCUCGCCGGAAUCCGAUAACGCAGCAUACAGGCCUGAGUCCCUGCUCGCAGUGAACUUGGGCAAGAACAAGGAGAGCGAGGUGGAUUCGAUUGAGGAUUUUGUGGCUGGCGUGCGGGCAUUUGGCCCUUACUCGGAUGUCCUGGUCGUCAACGUGUCGAGUCCAAAUACACCCGGUCUCAGAGGGCUGCAAAACAGAGAACAGCUGGAGUCGCUCCUUGAUGGAGUGACGAAGGCGCGGGCUGAGCUGGCGGGUGGCCGGAAACCCAAGCUGAUGCUCAAGAUUGCGCCGGACCUCACGGAAAGCCAGCUGGUCGAGAUGGCGGGUGUAAUUGCAGGGACCGACGUUGAUGGCGUGAUUGUAAGCAACACGACGAUACAGAGACCGGUGCAUCUAUUGAGUGAAAACAAAACCGAGAUGGGUGGACUGUCAGGGACGCCGCUGAAGCCACUCUCGAUCGCUGCGUUGAAGACAUUGCGGUCUCAUCUCCCCGCGUCCAUUCCCUUAAUCGGCUGCGGCGGUAUCUCGUCUGGCCAGGACGCGCUAGAAUACGCUCGAGCGGGUGCGGCGUUGGUCCAAGUCUACACCGGGUUUGGAUACGAUGGGGUAGGUGCGUGCAGACGUAUCAAAGAUGAGCUGGCGGACGAGUUGAGGAAGGAGGGGAAAUCAUGGAGGGAGGUUGUAGACCUCGCCGUGGCGGAGAGGAGUCUGAAACCAGCGCUCGAAGAGAAGACGGUGGAAGCGGUGGCUCCGGCUAAGGAGGCUGAUUCGAGUCAGCUCUCACAGCUGAUUGCAGAGGCCGAGGAAUUGAGACAUCUGGUUGACCAAUACGCUGAAGCUCGGGAGGCAUAGCUGUAUGAGGCUUGGUAUGAGGUUGUAUUGCCGGUCAAAUUAAGUACCAAUUUAGAUCGUGGUCGAUGGUAACCGUACAACAAACUAAACCAAACCUGGCGAGCGGGGUUUCUCUGAAGCUUCCAUGAGCCCGGGUCUCUCAGUUCUAGACCCAGUGCUUAGUCGUUUUCCGCCUCAUCCCUGCCGUUCUUGUCGCUAAUCUCCAUGGCUAAUGCUGCCAGGUUCUUGAAUGCUCAGAUCCCCAGGACGUCGGGGCAGCCUCAACUCAAGACACCGACACUAGAGGGCCACUCAGAGCCCAACUUUCGUUACACGCACUCGGGGUCCACGACAAGGAUACAUGAUUUGAAGACGGGAGAGGAGCUGAUUAGACAUGCGGAUCUGUGGUUCAAGGACGGGAGUGUUAUCUGCCAAGCAGACCGGACUUUGUUCCGGGUUCAUAUCUCGCAGCUGUCGCGCCACAGUGUGCUCUUUGCUGAUAUAUUCACGUUGCCACAACCCCGACGGUCAUCUGCGUCUUACUACUCCGACCCUGAUGGUUCCGACAUGCCCGAUAUGGACUCGGCAACACGCACGCUGAUCCACGAGUGCGAGAACUGUCCUGUGGUGAUACUGCAGGACAGGACAGAGGACGUGGCGAACUUCCUCGUGGCUCUCUAUGACGGCCCGGAUUUCGGGAACAACAAUCGGGAGGACUUUGAUGUUGUUUGUGGGAUUCUGAGGUUAUCGACCAAGUAUAUCGUCGAUGCGCUGCGUGCGAAAGCGAUUGCGCAUCUGAGUAUCGGCUGGCCUUCGACUCUGAAAGGCUGGGAUGCAAGAGAAGAUGCUGCCCGCAUGUUUGAAAUGGAGACAGCUACCAGCAGCGGACAGUUCUAUCCUUCUCCCAUCGCCGUGAUCAACCUGGCGCGGGAGGUUGAUUGUCCGAGUCUCCUUCCGGCCGCUUUCUACGAUCUCUCGCGUCACUCGUAUGCGCAGAUAUUCGAAGCUGCGGACGACGACCCGUUCUUUCAGUCGCCCUCGCUCGCGGUUUCGGACAUGCAGCGUCUGGCGCUGGGCAAAGAGGCUGCCCAACACAACGUGACUGCCCUGAUCCAGUCGAUGAGCCACGCUCAGACGUAUAUCAGGCACUCGCAAAUGCAGACGCACUUCCGCAAGUCGUCAUCCGGAGGUGUUUGCAUCUCGGCGGCUGCUUGCCGCAAGGACUUCUCAGAGCUCGUUGAUCUUGCGACUCAGCACUAUCUGUUUGAUCGCGAACGCGGCCACUGUGAUCCGCUCUACGUGUCGGAAGAACUAGGCCAGCUGAAGAGCGCCGAGUUCUCCGAGUGUAAAGCCUGCGCAAGGUCGCUCGAGCUGUGGGCUGCCCGAGAGCGUGAGAAACUAUGGAAAAUGAUCCCGCUGUGGUUCAGGCUCGAGCAGCCGACUGCCUGAUCUCCCACUCUUACUACUGAUACUAUGCUGGCCGGUAUUUCAUGUAUGUAUCCUCACGAUAUUCCCUGCAUCUGUAUUCCCAUUAGAUCUGUACUACUUGAUACAUUGUUUACUGAUAAAAACACAAAAAAGUCCGUCAUCAUCCUGAGCCAGUCAGCCCACCGGAAACGCCCGAGGCCAGCAUACGGGCUUUCGCGUCGUCAGCGGCAUCGCAGGCAACAGUCGUGCCGGGAAGAUUGGAGAGUGGAAGUGCAGCACAGAUCAUGCCGGUGCCACACGGGGUCAGGACGUAUGCACCAGAAACGCAAUGGGCAAACGCGUUUCCGAUGCAGGCCUGCUCGUCGCCAGAACAGGUAGAAUUGGCAGUGAGAUCCUUGAAUGCUGCGUUCUGCGCUUGGGCCUCCUGGCCGUUGAUCUUCAAGAACGCGGGUGGCACCGCAGAGGAGGAGCUCGAAGAGGUGGAGUUGGAGCUCGAGGUGCUGUUCGUCGAAGUACUGCCCGAGGCAGAGCCAUCGAUCCCACCGGAAACACCGGUCGCGGCAAUACGGGCCGUAGCAUCGCUGACUGUGUCGCACGCUAUGGACGUCCCAGGGGCGUUGACCAGUGGAAGCGCUGCACAGGUCUUUCCGGUCCCACAUGACUGGAGAACGAACGCACCAUUGGUGCAUUGAGCAAAUGACCCGCCCACGCAAGCUUGCUCUCCCUCGGUGCAGGAAGAGUUUGCCGUGAGCGAUGUGAAUUUGGCAUUCAGCUUCUGAGCGUCGAGCCCAUUCUGGAGGUGCAAGUCCGAUGAUGUGGCGGUAGGAGACGAUGUCGAUGAGGCAGUCGUUGAUACAAUGGUGCCGCUGGAUGUGGUGGUGCUCGUCGGGCUGGCAACAGUGGAAUUUGUCACUGAGCUCGCGGACCCAUCGAUCCCGCCGCUUGCUCCCGAUGCAGCGAUCCGCGCAGCGGCAUCGCUCAGGGAGUCACACGAUACGCUGGUGCCGGGAGAGUUGAGGAGAGGAAGCACAACACACGUCGUUCCUGCACCACAUGGAGUCACCACAAAAGCACCGUUCGCGCACUGCGCAAAGGAACCGUUGAGGCAGGCUUGUUGUCCAUCAGUGCAGUUGGAGGUCGAGGUCAAGCUCUUGAACUGCGCAUUGAGCUUCUGCGCGUCGAUCCCGUUCUGGAGUUGGACGGCUUUCGAGGCGGCUCGGGCGACGGGGGCUCCGUGAACAUGUGCGAGCGUGAGGGUGAGCGUAAUGAGGGUCGUCAACAUCAUUUCUGGGUCGUUAGAAAGAGUGUUCUGCCGCUACCUGGCGGAAAGGAGGUCAAAAAGAGUAGAGGCAGUAGCGGCCAUCGUUCCCGUUUUAUAUGCGACGCUGGUCCCAUUGUGAGCAUUAAGAACAAUGAGGAAAAGAACCCAAUUGUUCCUCUUUGGGACUGUAGUCACGUGGACGCAUUGUCGGAAAGCUUCGACGGUGCGGCAUUGUAAACAAUGAUUUGCCCUUGGCCGGUGGCUUCACGCGAUCUAUUCCCAUGAAAUGGUCGUGCAGUGAAAUAAUUAAGUACUUCAAGUAGAAUCCCUGUUCUUUGCCCUCUGUUGCUGCCACGCCUGUACUUGUUCGGAAACCAAAUCCUGUCGACGAUGUCUCUGCUCUGCUGCACUUCUGAUCCUCUUUGCCCGAGUUGGUUUGACGUCCCUUGUCCAGUAUGUGGAGCGGUGUUGCUUCUUGGGCAUAUGCUGCAUCAAGAGGGAGUUCUGCCGCGUCACAAUCUCCAUGUCCUUGGUCACUUGGAUCAUCAGUUUCUCCUCCAAUUCCGCCUCGCGCUGUUCCCUUCGCUCCGCAGUCAUAUCCUCCAUUCGGAGAGGGUAGUAGAACGGCUCGACAAGUCCGACGAUGGCUCGCUUGUAUGUCGAUAGAGAGGGGUUCUUGUCGGGGCUGGACAGUCGGUUAGGACGUCGCGAUAACUCGGCGUAGUAGUUGUCAGUGCGGAUGUAGGUCGUCUGGACGCCAUAUACAGCCAUGAGAUAGCUUCGGACAUCCGUCUUCGUAAGGUUCUUGGGGAUACGGAAUGUGGCCUGCCAUGGAUUGUAUGGCUCGCCGGGAGCGGUGUAGUUGCGCACAAGCCGGAAUACGAUAUUGGGUAGAUACACUUUCUGUCCCUCCACUUUGACCGUGUAAGGCUUGCCCUUGUGGUAGGCAACCGUCAUGCCACGGAUGCGAGGGAUGGGUAUGCUCUUCGUCCGCUCUUCGUCACGUUUCAGGAAGGUAUCCAAGCCCAGCCUCCGGACAGGCUUUUUGUCGGUCGAGGGUGUUCUCCCCGUUUCCUGUGCAUAACGCUGCGCACGUCGGAGUCGGACGGCAAGCGGUCGUGAUCGUGCCAGGGACAAGGACGCCUGCUUUUUGUACAGCGGAUUGUGGAUAUGGGGUCGCGUUAAAGUUCCAUGAGAGGUCUGCUUGGACGACGAAUUGGACGCAGCAGAAGCAGCAGCAUUGGGCGACGUGGGCAGCUUCGCAGACGCGGAAAGGCGCGCUGCUGUAGCUCGGAGCAUUGGGGGAGGAAGCAAAAA